ACCAUUUCUAAACAGAUCUCCCACAACACUGCUCGCAUUUGGCUCAAAACAAUCAAGCAAUUCCAGGUGAUUGAUUCUGCCAACAGAGGGCGCAGCCAUGCCGUUCAACUUCUCCUUCUCCAGCUCUGUGACGUUCGUAUCCACUACCUCCGGGAACGGCGGCGAUCCUAGAGGCUGGGCCUACCGCCGGGAAGCCUACUCCAACAACGCGGGCUCAGGCGUGCGCACGACGCAACAGAACCUGGGCGAAGCACCGGUCAUGCAGACGAGGAUGUAUGACGCACAAGGACGACCGCUCCUCACCAGCGGUGAUGGAAGCGAUGGCCGGCGCGCCGGUAACCCGCACGGCAUGACCAGGAGGAUUAUCAGCAUCGAGGACGUGACUGAGGUGGACGAGGCGGGCAAUACAGCUUCGACUUCUCAACAACACCAACAACAACAAAACAAUGCGGGCAACCAGUAGGCUCGUCUCUGAAUAGCCAGAGGAGCUGAAGAAAACCAGAAUGCCCCAAGGAGAGAGCGGGGCUUCGUGCAUGCCAAAGUGGAAAAGGGUAGUUGGGCAUAUGUGCCCCUUCGUUGUCAUAACUUGUGAUGGAAAUUACUUCCAAGCGGCAAGAGGACAUUGAUACUUGCCCCUCUAGAGGUGUGGCUGCGGCGGGUCCAAACAUCAGUCAUCUCUUCUCUGCCUUGGUUGUUUUUUUUUUUUUUUUUUUCUCAAAUUUUCUGUUGUGAGAGGGGGGGGGGGGAGGAGGGCGCACGCUGCCUGGACUUUUGGGAAGGGCUUCGUUGAAGGGUGCUAGAGCAUGGAGGAGAACCAGAUGAAGGAGAUGAUGGAUGAGUAUUGUGCCUUUUCUUCUCCUUUUUUUCUUCAUGUCAGCAUUCGAUGAUAUUGACAACUUUUGGUUUUAAUCUUAGACAACUGACCAUUGACUUCUUAUUUUCAAUAGUAUAGCUGCAGUACUGAGUAUGCGAGGUUGAUUAAAUUCAUG